GGCGGCGGGCACCGAGUCACCAGGCACAAACCGUGGGCUCCGAGUCAACUGGGAUGACCGCUGGCACUGGGUCAGACAUUGGAUCGUCUGGCUGGACAGCGGGCACUGGGUCACCAGGCAUCAGGUCAUUUGGCUCGACAGCGGGCACCGCGUCAUCUGGCAAGGCAGUGGGCUCCGAGUCAACUGGUAUGACCGCGGGCACUGGGUCAGACAUUGGAUCGUCUGGCUGGACAGCGGGCACUGGGUCACCAGGCAUCAGGUCAUUUGGCUUGACAGCGGCCACCGCGUCAUCUGGCAAGGCAGUGGGCUCCGAGUCAACAGGCACGACAGUUGAGCACCGGGGGUCAUCAGGUACCGGAUUGUCUGGCUCGACAGCGGGCAUCGGGUCACCAGGCAUCAGGUCAUUUGGCUCGACAGCGGGCACCGGAUCAGGUACCGGAUCAUCUGGAUCAACAGCGGGCAUCGAGUCAACUGGCCUAAUAGGAUCGUCAGGCUGGAUCAGUUCAUCAUGCUGGGUAGUAGAGGCAUCAGGCGAGUAGAGGCUUCAGGCCGAGUAGAGGCUUCAGGCCGAGUAGAGGCUUCAGGCCGAGUAGAGGCAUCAGGCCGAGUAGAGGCAU